UACGGUCAGUUUACUUUGGCUAGCCAGUCCGUUUGUUACAGCCUUUUCUGCUUCUCGGGUUUGAAUUCCUUGCAAAGUCUAUGUACAGUUUGAUAUGACGGCCAAUGAUGAAAGCGUUUCUUCGAGUAGUGCCUCAGAAAAGAGUUUUCAGACCGACAGCGACGACGAGGCCAACCAGGCUGAAAUACCUUCGAGUUCCGUGACUGUUGUUCGAUUGAAACAGGGACAUGGCGGAGACGAUUCGCUUCCGCCGCCUUGGUGGAAAAAGCGAAGAGAACGAAUUUUCCGUAAGAAAACGUUAUACAUGCGGUUCCCAAUACUGAAAUGGCUUCCCAAAUACUCUGCACAAGACUUCGUAGCUGAUCUUGUGGCCGGAAUAACUGUUGGAGUAACAGUAAUUCCACAAGGAUUAGCUUACGCAACCGUGGCCGGACUUCCUCCUGAGUAUGGACUUUACGCUUCGUAUGUGGGAUGCUUUGUUUAUCUCCUCUUCGGCAGUACGCCUGUUGUCACUAUUGGGCCAACGGCGCUUAUGUCACUUGUUACCUACGAUUCCGGAGCUGCACUGUUGGGACCUGAAGCAGCUAUUCUUCUAGCUUUUCUUACCGGUUGCAUUGUUCUUCUCUUCGGCCUCCUCAAUUUCGGUUUCUUGAUUGACUUUAUCGCAGAUCCAGUCGUGGCCGGCUUCACGAGCGCCGCCGCCUUCACGAUAGCGACAACACAAAUUGAAGCUCUUCUCGGCCUCAAAUUUGAUGAGGAAGGGUUCCUCAAUACGUGGAUCGCGGUGUUUGAACACAUAGAAGAAACCAAAAAAUGGGAUGCUGUUUUGGGUCUUUCAUCCAUUGCUAUUUUGCUUCUGUUGCGGAUUCUUGAUCAAGUCAAAUUGGGUAAAGAAGGAGAGAGAAAGCGAUGGCAAAACUGGGUCAAUUCGACAUGUUGGCUGAUUUCGGUCUCUCGUAACGCCAUCGUCAUCAUCGCCGCUUCUAUUUUGGCCUACGCUUUGACUGAACCUGGCCAAAAAAAUUUUCCUUUCACUCUAACUGGUGAUAUUCCUAGCGGAUUCCCUCCUUUCAGAGCACCACCGUUUUCUUUCGAGGCAGAUGGAAAGACAUACUCUUUUCUGGACAUUUGCAAAAAUCUAGGUUCUUCGCUCUACAUUUCUCCACUGGUCGCCGUUAUUGAAUCGAUUGCGAUUGCCAAAUCCUUGUCCAAAGGGAGUCGCAUUGAUGUCAGUCAAGAGAUGAUUGCCAUCGGGACGAGCAACAUUUUAGGUUCGUUUGCCUCAUCGUAUCCAGUGACAGGCGCAUUUUCACGCACUGUCGUCAAUGCCUCCAGUGGCGUCCGGACUCCUUUUGGCGGACUCUACACUGGUGCUCUUGUUCUUCUGGCCAUUACGGUUUUGACGCCAUACUUCUUCUACAUUCCAAAAAGCUGUUUGGCAGCUGUCAUUAUAUCCGCUGUUAUCUUCAUGGUGGAAGUCAGCUUAGUCAAGAUGGUUUGGAAAUCAAAGAGAAUUGAUUUAGUGCCUUUUGGAGUUACGUUCGUCUUGUGCGUUUUUGUCGGUCUGUCGCAAGGCAUUUUGAUUGGCGCGGCCAUUAAUCUUGGCAUGCUCUUAUACAGCACGGCCCGCCCACGGAUUAAAAUCCAUAAAGUCAAGAACCCAACGACCGAAUAUCUUCUUAUCGUGCCUGAUCGCAGUUUAGUGUUCACCGCCAUGGAAUAUUUCAUGUCGAGCGUGCGAAAAGCUUCCGCGCUGUAUCCUGGUAUUAUCGUCGUAAUCGACAUGAGCCACGUCUCUGCAGCCGAUUUUACAACGGCUUAUGGCUUUGACAACAUGAUCAAGAGGCUGCAGAAACACGGACAUAAACUUAUUUUGACUCGAAUCAAACCAGAAGUUUUCCUCAUUUUGUCGCGGAUGGGGUGUGAUUUCCAUAUUCACAAGGAAGGAGAAGAUAUGGAAAUCUUGCUCAAGGGAAUUUCUAAUCAAGAUGGAUGUAUGUCCGUGAACCCAUUGCCAAAUGAUGACCCUCCUGUGGCAGAGCAGACGUCGUUGCAAUCAAUUUCUUCGAGCGUCGAAAGAAAGAGCCAGACGGACCAAGUGACGCCUAUUGCUAGAGUGGAUAUUAACGACGGAACGCCGUGAAUUGCUCUCUAAUAUUUUUCGUCUUCGUCUGUCAUCCGAGCCGAGCUUAUCAAUAUUCAAUUAGCAUAACAAACGGGUGUGGAAAUUGUGUAGAGACUGCACACGCAGUGUGAAUUAGCUUAUCUUGUGAGUAAAUAUGAAAGCGGAAAAUCCACCUUUAACCUUAUCUUGAAGUGGAGCACAUAAUGUGGAAUAACAAUGACGAUAGCACCACAUAGUAACUAGGCUACGUACAUCAACCUGGACAGAAUGACGUCUCUCUUGUUUUCGAUAACUUCCUUGUCUUUCAAAGUUAUCCCAUUUGUUUUCGGUUUUCGUGUUUCCUAUCUUAUAUAUGUUCAAAUUCCUCGUGACAGAAAGCAUAGAACGAAUAAAUAAGUAAGCUAACACUA